AACAAAAAUCAAAUCCUAUUUUGAGUAGAAAAAAUGAGUUCCAAAGCGCUUCUUCUUCUCGGCCUUUUCUUGGCUGUGGCUUUUCUGAUUUCUUCAGAAGUUGCUUCAGCUACAGACCUUGCUUCCGUUGAUCCAUCCAAGGAAACCGAUGGGCGCGGCGGAUACAAUCGUGGUGGUGGCGGAUACGGUGGUGGAGGCUACGGAGGUGGCCGUGGAGGUGGCGGAUACGGUGGUGGAGGCUACGGAGGUGGCCGUGGAGGCGGUGGAGGUGGCCGUGGAGGCGGUGGAGGUGGCCGUGGAGGUGGACAUGGAGGCUACGGAGGGGGCAAGGGCGGAGGAGGCCACGGAGGCAAGCGUGGUGGGCGCGGAGGCCACGGUGGAGACGAAGGUGGCAACUGAUGUCCCCACAGAUGACGAGACUCAAGAAUUAAGCCAUUGUUAGUGUUUAUGUAAAAUGCUAUGAAUAAAAUGCAAUGGCUGUAUUUUAUCUCGUGUUGUACACUUCUACUUCUGUUAUAUGAUGGCUAUUAACAAA